GGAGAGAGAGAGGAAGAAAGAGAGUGAGAGAACGAAUGUGUCAAAGAAAUGGAGGUCACCUAGGGAGUGAGCAGAAAGGCACAAUGCACUGACCCUGCAGUCACCAGAAGAUGGCGCCAAAGUCUGACCUGAUAAAAUGGAAUCUGCUGAGGGCAUGUGGAUUCAGAGAAGAUGGAAGAACACAGAGGACAUUGGUUCACAUUUGAGAAGAAUUACAAAUUUUCAUCAUUUGCAUCAUUUUAAUACUCUAACACUCUGUGUGAAAAAUUAGAAAUGUCAAAAUACUCACCAAUACAGCAAAUAGCCGUUGCUAAUGUUGCAGCAGCCGAGCAUCAUUCAUUAAAACUAAAAUUACUUUUUCCUCUGCUCGCGCUCACACACCCAAACGAUCAUUUGAAGAACACCAACUGGUCUCCAGACACAAUUUUCAGAAUAUACAAUGUGAACGAGGCUACAUGGUACAUGUGUAGCAAACCAGCUGUUGUGCAAUAUGUUUAAGACAUUCACCUAACACAUUAAAACCAGCUCACUGACUCUCCUCUCACACACACUCAGAGUGUGAGAAUGUUUUCUCAAAUAGCAUUAGGUGUGACUCUAUCUCUCCUCAUCUUGCUAACGGUGUGUGGGAACGUGCUGGUGUGUCUGGCCGUCUUCGCCACUCGGCGCCUGCGUAGUGUCACUAACUGUUUCAUCGUAUCUCUGGCCGUUACUGAUCUCCUGUUGGGCAUUCUCGUUCUGCCUUUUUCCACCCUCCUGGAGGUCACUGGAGACUGGCCGCUGGGAGCUCACUUCUGCAACAUCUACAUCUCACUGGAUGUCAUGCUGAGCACCGCCUCCAUCCUUAACCUGCUGGCCAUUAGCGUGGAUCGCUACUUUGCGGUAACGGCGCCCCUGCGCUACCCGACCCUGUUGCUGCCAUGGCGCGUAGGGGCCUCCUUGGCGGCGAUUUGGCUCAUAUCAGUGGGUGUGUCUUUUGUGCCCAUUCACCUGGGAUGGAACACAGUGGACCACACAGUGCAGAAUCAUGGCGAGAAUGACUCAGCCCAAGAGUGUCGCUUUGAACUGAAUCCCACCUAUGUGGUAGUGGAUGCUUUUGCCACUUUUUACCUCCCCCUGGUGGCCAUGUGCUGGAUGUACCACAGGGUGUUCCGCAUUGCACGUGCACAGGCCAAACGCAUUGUCUCCACGCGGCGCGGGCCCAAUGCUGCCUUCAAUUCUUCAUCAUUACCAGGAGUGACGGCAUUAGCACUGCGCGAGCACAAAGCUACAGUGACAUUAGCAGUGGUGCUGGGUGCCUUUGUUAUUUGCUGGUUUCCGUAUUUUACAUUUUUCACCAUUAUGGGGAUACAAAAAGUGAACAAUCUCCCAAGGACAGCUUACUCAGUGGUGUUGUGGCUAGGCUACGCUAACUCUGUUCUGAACCCCCUUCUCUAUGCAGCCCUCAACAGAGACUUCAGGUCAGCUUAUGGCAGGCUGCUGUGUGGAGGGAGGGAGAUUAAAACACCCACGGGAACGCCCUCUGCAGCUGUGGAGGUGGGGCUGAUGGAUGGACACAUCCCUGCAUGCAGCAGGGUGGAGCUUAUGUCUGGGGGCUGUAUAAUGCUGCAGGACAUGAACACAGGGAGGAGGGAUGGUAGCAAUGGGACAGCUGUUACCAUGGUUACUGUCCUGUCCAAUGGCCAUAAAAGUUCAUAAUGUCUUGAAAAAGGCUGGAUGCUACAUCUGUCUCCUUGGAAACAGCCCCUGACUUGAGCUCGAUCCCAUGUCCUAACAGUGAUCCCCCAGCAGGAAUGGGUAAUAAAGACAGGGGCUUUCCAAAAUCGCCACAAUAUAAGGAGAUGUUUUGUCAACUGAGCCAAUGACCACCUAAAAUCACAAAUCAGCAUCAAGUGGGAAGAAUGAUAAAGAGUACUAGGUCCUACCAGAUCAAGUGGAGAAAGACAACUGUAUGAAAAAUGAAGGCUACUUGAAAAAAAAAACAUCUAAAAAUUACAUUUGGACUGGCUUUUGCAGGCUAGACUGACCAAGAAAUUAGCACCAUUAAUUAUAAAAGUGCUGGAAUGCUGUUUGUGCUCAUUACUGCCCUCUAUUGGUCACUAGAUGUGCCACAAC